AUGUCAAGUGAAAAGCAAUUAAAAUGUUUAAUAUUUGUAGUCUGUAUUAUGGUGACAAUUCUACCAGUUACCUUGGCACACCGAAGAACCCACAGGAGUACAAAAACAGUAGCAUCAACGGCUUCGGCGACGUCAGCGAAAACUACCAAUACAGCCUCUUCACAAACGUCCACUUCCUGGUUAGGGCCGGAAUUUCAGAUAAUACGACGUGUAUAUGACGACUGUCAGGCUAAAAAUGAUUUCAUGAGCUGUUUAAAGCAUAAAGCACUGACGGGUCUAAGCAGGGCCAUCGAACAAGACUCCAUAAAAAUUGUGGAUGGUGUGGUGUUGGAGAAACAAAAUCACACAGAGGAGGAAAGCAUCAUAAGUGCGUUAACUGAUGCCAGAGCUUUCAAUAGUUUAGCUCCACUGGAUCGGGCUCUUCUGUCAAAAAUCGAUAAAUUAGUGCGUACUCAUUCUCUUAAAGUGGAUAUGAGCACUGCUCGUUAUGGUGGUGGAGAAGGAGGUGGCGGUGGUGGCCAUGAAAGUCAUCAUGAAAAGAAGCAGAAAAAGAAGGAAAGUGGCGGUCAUGUCAAAUAUGUUAUUGCAGCUCUUCUAACAGCUAUGGGCAUAGCCGGUCCCAUAGGUCUUAAAGCUUUGGCUGCCAUUGCCGGCAAAGCUUUAGUCAUAAGUAAAGUUGCUCUAACUAUAGCCGGUAUUAUCGCAUUGAAAAAGCUCUUCUCUCAGGAUCAUCAUGAGGAAACUAGUUUUCAAGUUCAUGCCGGUGAACACAAUAGACGCAAUACUUAUGUCAUACGUCCUGUGCCUAAACCUGGCGGAAUACCAGCGGCUGCUGGCGAAACUCCUGUCGUAGAUCCUUAUCGUUAUUAUUAUGAGUAUCAUUGAAUUGUAGUCAUGGACCCGGCAUAUAGAAGUCAUUUAUUUAGUUUUAAGUUGUAACGUAUUUAUAGAAAUCAAAAUAUUCAGACAGCUAAUAUACCAAAGAUUCAAUUCAAAUAAAUUGCAUGAAGUUUGUAGGCAAAUAAUAAUUGUACCUAUUUUAAAU